CAUACCGGAAGCGGAAGUUGGAGUUUGCAGGUUGUUACUGGAAGGACCAUGAUAGCAGUUACUGCAAGGAGAGCUGUACCCUGGGGUUUGGGUGCAAGGCGGGUACCCGCAGCUGUCUUGCGCCAGAUCAGUUCCUUACCCAAUUACACAUUACCAAAAGAGGUGAAAAUUGUGGAGGUUGGACCACGCGAUGGACUGCAAAAUGAAAAGGCAAUUGUUCCUACUGAAGUUAAGGUCCAGCUAAUUAACAUGUUGUCUGAAGCAGGACUGCAAUCAAUAGAGGCAACCAGCUUUGUGUCUCCGAAAUGGGUACCUCAGAUGGCAGAUCAUGUGAGUGUGAUGCAGGGGAUUAAGAAGUUACCUAAUGUCACUUACCCAGUCCUAACACCAAAUCUCACAGGAUUUCAGUCUGCGGUCAAGUGUGGUGCUAAAGAAGUUGCCAUUUUUGGAGCAGCAUCUGAGCUCUUUAGCAAGAAAAAUAUUAACUGUUCUAUAGAGGAAAGUUUGCAAAGAUUCCAAGCAGUAACAGCUGCAGCAAAAGAAGCAAAAAUCCCUGUACGAGGGUAUGUGUCUUGUGUUCUUGGUUGUCCGUAUGAAGGGAAGGUAUCGCCCAGUAAAGUGGCUGAGGUGGCACACAAGAUGUUUUCUAUGGGCUGCUAUGAGAUCUCUCUUGGUGACACUAUUGGAGUGGGGACACCAGGCAGCAUGCGGGACAUGUUGUCUGCUGUACUAGAUGUGAUCCCAGCUAAAGCUCUGGCUGUACAUUGCCACGAUACUUAUGGGCAGGCUCUGGCAAAUAUAUUAGUGGCUUUACAGAUGGGAGUAGAGGUGGUGGAUUCCUCCAUAGCAGGUCUUGGAGGAUGUCCUUAUGCACAAGGAGCAUCAGGGAAUGUGGCCACAGAAGAUGUAGUUUACAUGCUUCAUGGUCUUGGUAUUCACACGGGUGUUGAUUUAAGUAAGCUGAUCGAAGCUGGAGCUUUUAUCUGUAAAUCUUUGGGAAGGAAGAGCAACUCCAAAGUGGCCCAGGCAAAGUGCAAACUUUGACCAUAUGCUCAUCAGUUUUUCCAUAAGGGACUCCUGUAAGGAGCAUGAACAACAAGAAGCGUAUUUGUUUCUGGGAAUACGUAGUUUCCGUGACCAGCUUAAUUUCAGUGUGCUUGUCUUGUUUUAUAAGCAACUAACUACUCUUCUACCUCCAGAAAUGACAAAAGAAA